CAUAGUCUCUCAUGUGAAGCGCUUCAAAUACAGCUGCGCAAAUUCUGGAGGAGGUUUAUCUUCAGUCGAUCUUCAGCACUGAAUCAUGAAUAACAUCACAGUAACAUGUGGAGACAUUCAUACCUCUCUGGGGUUCCUGUAUGUGGUUUCAUUUGCUGUCGUCAGUCAAUCUCUCGAUGACUGUGAGCAGAGCUGGUUCUCAGAGUAUGGACUUAAGAUCGCUGAUCCAUCCGUUCCUGAAACACUGAUUGAUCCUGUUAUUUCGGUCUCAACGGAUCGUCUCGUCACGUCUCGCUGUGUGAAUCUGAAUCAUGAGAUCAUCUGUGAUUCUGCGAAAUCUCUUCAUUAUAGUCAUGUGAGCAUGUUCAGAGUGAGGAAUGAAACUGCAGCGACUCCAGACGUUCCGAAUGAAGUGACCCCGUCUCUCCUGCUCUCAGAGUAUUGGUGGCUGUUCAUCAUCAUCUUCAUCAUCCUUUUCAUCGGUUUUAUGCUGUGUAAAAGGACCUUCAGAUGUUUUCCAAAGGUAGCACAGUCUGUCUGUCAGCGCAAUGAUUCAGAGAACGGGGAUCUUGAAUCUGGUGACCAAACAAAGGUCAGAUCUGAUGCUCCUGAUUCACUGAAUCUGAUCAGUUCAGCGGUUCAGUGUCCAGAGGAUGAUCAUGAUUCUCGGGUCAUUUUGUUAUUGACUCAAACCCGGGGCUGAAGUGUUUCUGUCAUCUACAUUUGUUACUGUAUAAAUCACGAACUCACGAAUACCAGGCAUUUUCGGUCCAGAACUUGCUUUCUGCACUAAAUUGUAAAGAAUUGAUGCCAGGUUCUUCAUUGUUAUUGUUUAAAAUAUGAAAAAAUAUGAAAAUAUGAAAAAUGAAAAAAAUUAGAUGUAGAUGUAGUAGUAGAAAGUAGAUUGUGCCAAAUCUCCAUUCAAAUUAAUGAAGUGAAACAGCUUAGUCUUUUAUUCACUUUUUUAAAUGCUUUAUUUAGUGACAAAUCAACCAACAUACAGAAAACCAACAGCAAAAAAAUCUAUAAUAUAUCCUGUGUUACAUCCUGUUUACAGAUUUUGUUAUAUGUGCAAACGAAUUACAUUUUGGGAAAGGAUUGCAAAGCAGUUUGCGUGCAAGUAUGGAAUAGAGAUCAGC